AUGACAGACCCAAAACAAGAGGAAGUUCUACCAUCAACAGUAGAAAAAAUUGAGGAGAAACCGGCGGCGGCGACCACCGAUGAAAGUGGAUUCGGCGGUUUCGGAGUUGCCAGCUCGUGGCUCAAUCAAGGAUCAUCAUGGGGAGCAUCCUUCUUUAAUUCAGCGAAAGAGAAGACGAUGACAACACUCGACCUCGUCAAGAAAGAUUUGAAUGAUUUGGGAGAAGCUGUGACUGCCGAAGUGAGCGAUCUCGCUUCAGCGGCGAAGGAAGGAUUCGGAACCGCGGCGAGCGCUGUGAAACAACAGGCUCAGAUUUUCGAGAAGAUGGUGACACCGAGUGAAGAAGAGAAACCACUUCCUGGAGAAGGAGAAGAGACUGGGGAGACUUCGGAGAAACCAAAGCCAAAGUUGGAGAGCUCCAGCUCAUUGAGCUUCGGGUGGAUGAGCAAAAUCGUGGAUACUGUCACGGACACUGUUAAAAAUUUGGCAAUGGAAGAGACUACAACCGGUGAAGAUGAUUUCACUGAGGUCAUUAAGCCGAAGAAAGACCGAAGGACCUUCCUGUCGAAAUUGAAAAUUUCUGAAAUUCAAUCGAAUGAAGCGACGUAUCUCAAUGAGCCUGGAAACUCGGAAUUCUAUGAAAGAUGGAAUUCUCGCUUCAAUUUAGACGAGUACGACGGAGAAAUCAAUAUCCUUUUGGCAAAUAACCCAUCUCUUCGUCAAGUUUUCGCGAGUCUUGUUCCUGCUAAAGUCACUCAUGAGACAUUCUGGAAACGGUAUUUUUAUGCGAUCGAAGUUGCUGAGAUGGAGGAGGAAAUGAACAAAUCCACGCUAUCCGAAGCAUUGAAUGUAGACACUAAAUCACCAAAGAAGGCGAAUAGAAAAACAUCUUCUGAAGUGUCGUCGAAGAAGUCGUCACCAUCGUCCGACUCGUCAGCGGUGGUUGUGGAAGAGCCAACGAGUCCAUCGCAAUCGGAAUGGAGUGUUUGUAGUGAGAAGAAUGUUGAGGAGAUUCCAUCUGACGACGAGAAGGGUCCAUUGACACCACGACCUGAUAGCAGCGAGAAGAAGGAAGAGGGAUGGGUCAACUGGGAUGAAUAA